CUUUGAUUGACUGAUUAAGAGGUAUUUUACAGUCACAACUCGUUUUUUUUUUUUUGGCAGUACCCUGGAUUUGAUCUUUACUAUAAAGCUAUUUCUUAAUUUUGUUUCUUUUUUUUUUACAAGAUUUUUUUUUGAUGUGGACCAUUUUUAAAGUCCCGUCACAAUAUUGCCUCUGUUCCACGCCUUGGUUUUUUUUUUUUUUUGGCCGCAAGGCAUACGGGAUCCCAACUACCCAACCAGGGAUCGAACCCGCACCCCCUUCAUUGGAAGGUGAAGUCUUAACCACUGGACCGCCAGGGAAGUCCCUAAUUUUGUUUCUUUAUUUUAGCCAUCUGGAGAGGCUGAGAACUUUCAAAGUCAGCAAGAAUAUCAAGGUUUGGGGAUUCCCUGGCGGUCCAGUGGUUAGGACUCUGUCCUUCCAUUGCAGGGGGCACAGGUUCGAUCCCUGUGCGGCCAAAAAGGAUCCCACGAGUCGCGCGGCCAAAAAAAAAAAAAAAUCAAGGUUUAACAAACCUUCCUUUUGCUUAUCUCACUUCUCUUUCUUUUAACUAUAAAUAGCAAGAAGAAACUAGGGACAGCAGCGGGGAGACCGUCAUGGUUCCUGGACAUGUUCUAUAUCUUGACCUGGUUGGAGGUUAUGUGGUUGUAUGGAUAUGUAAAAAAUAAUCAAUGAGUACACUUAAGAUACACGAACUUUAUUGUAUUCCUGUUACACGUUAUUAUUUAUUUAUUGUUGGCUGCAUUGGGUCUUCGUUGCUGCGCGUGGGCUUUCUCUAGUUGCGAGUAGGGGCUGCUCUUUGUUGCAGUGCACAGGCUUCUCAUUGAGGUGGCUUCUCUUGUUGCGGAGCACGGGCUUAGGCGCGCGGGCUUCAGUAGUUGUGGUAUGUGUGAUCAGCAGUUGUGGCUCGCGUGCUCUAGAGCACGGGCUCAGUAGUUGUGGCGCAUCAUGUUGGAUCUUCCCGGACCAGGGCUCAAUCCCGUGUGCCGUGCAUUGGCAGGCGGAUUCUUAACCACGGCGACACCAGGCAAGUCCCAACACGUUGGUGUUUUUUUUUUUUCCCCCCAACACGUUCACGUUUUUUUCCGACACGCUCUGAGCGUGAGCACCUGCGCGCGGACAGCGCGGCGCGCGUGCAUGAUUGUUCCGAGGCUGGAAGCAGAUAUGGGUGCGUGUGCACAUGCGCGGGCCAGAGGAGGCCAGCAGCAAGGGCGGGUGUGCGCGCGUGCGCAUGCGUGCGCAGAGGCCGGAAGUGGGGCUGGCGUUCCGGGUCAGUCGCGAGCCAUGGAGGGUUUCGCGGACGGCUGCAGGCUGCCGCUCGAGGGGCCGGCCGAGGAGGCGGAGCCCCAGGUGGCGGCCUGGAGUGGGGACAGCGGUAAUGUGUCCCAGAGCCACAGCAGCGCGUCGGUGCCGUGGGAGGAUGAGGGCCCGGAGUCGGGCGCGCCCAGCCGGGACCUGCCGCUGCUGCGCCGCGCCGCCGCGGGCUACGCCGCCUGCCUGCUUCCUGGCGCGGGGGCGCGGCCCGAGGUCGAGGAGCUCGACGCGAGCCUGGAGGACCUGCUCACCAGGGUGGACGAGUUUGUGGGCAUGCUGGACAUGCUGCGCGGCGACUCCUCCCACGUGGUCAGCGAGGGCGUGCCUUGCAUUUACGCCAAGGCCACCGAGAUGCGGAGAGUGUACAGCAAGAUCGACCGGCUGGAGGCCUUCGUCGGGAUGAUCGGCGCCAGUGUAGCCAGGCUGGAGGAGCAGGUCUCCAGGGCGGAGGCCGAGCUGGGGACGUUCCCCAGUACGUUCAGGAAACUCCUGCGCACAAUUAACGUGCCCUCCUUCUUCAACAAGGCGCCCUCCAGCAGGUCCCAAGGGACCAGCUACGAACCCCCCGCCGUGUUUCGAACCGAAGACCACUUUCCUUGUUGCAGCGAAAGACCUCAGGUCUGAGUCCGCGGGACAGCGCUGCGAGAAGACGGGUCUGAAAUUCUCUCGAGUAGUAAUCAAAUCAGUUGAAAAUCCCGUUACUAGACAUACAUGAUGUUGGAGUAUGGAAUUGUAAAGUUUAUUUUUUGCACACUUGAUUUCUCAGGAUCUUCAUCAUUUCACGACGGAUGUGUGAUUUUCUACGUCUUCCAGUUCAAACUUGAAACUUCACAGCUGCUUGGUGGGGGGGAUCGGGAAAGCAAAAUGAAUGAACUUACCUGGGCAGUGUGGCAGAACUGUUAUUUUUAUGGAUUUUACAGCUCAACUAACAGUAUUACCUUUUCAAGAUUUGUAUAUUUGUAUACCCUUAGGAAAACUGAGCCUUUAAAGCCUUGUUAAUUCGAUCCUAAUAGUGAUUCAGUUUUCAAUAGCUUACUUCUAGGAUAGAUGGUAAAUUAUUUAAAAUUAUAUUAAACUUUACAUAUAAUGGAUUGCAAGCCGAAGGAAAUUAUACAAUUUCUGAGAAAACGUAUUGAUCUAUUGCAACUCAUUCUGAAGUUUUUUGGAAAGUAUGACCUCACAGUCUUAGUUUGUCCAUAGCAAAGUGUCUAUAUAUGAUUCCCAACGUUUGGUUUAUAAUUAAAUAUUCAUAAAAAAUUUAAAUUUUAUUGGAAGGGGUUUCCAUCUGAAAAGGAUUGUACGUAUUUUCCUUUUUGCUUGUUUGAAAAUAGACACGUUGAGUAUCUGAUUUUAGGAGUGGGAUAAAGAAAGUUCACAGCAUUAAAUAUUUAUUUCUUCUCAAAGUGAAUAGUUAAAUUAUUUGUGUGGUAAUAUGACUGGUAUUAGGAUUUUGUUCUUUCACCCUGAGGACGUGGCAUCUUAAAGAUCCCUUGCAGGUACAACAGGCUUUGAUCUUGAUUUUAAUCUGUUUUAUAAGGUGGUCCUCCUAGGUAGUAGAACUAAAGCAUAGAGCUUAGGUUGCUUUCGUGUCAUUUAUCAUAGAUCUUUGAGGUUUGUAAAGUAGGUAUAUAUAUUUUUAAAUUUAUUUUAUUUUUGGCUGCGUUGGGUCUUCAUUGCUUCGCGCAAGCUUUCUCUACUUGCGGCGAGCGGAGGCUACUCUUCAUUGUGAUGCGCGGGCUUCUCAUUGUGGUGGCUUCUCUUUUUGCAGAGCACGGGCUCUAGGUGCAUGAGCUCAGUAGCUGUGGCUCGCGGGCUCUAGAGCGCAGGCUCAGUAGUUGUGGCGCAUGGGCUUAGUUACUCCGCGGCAUGUGGGAUCUUCCUGGACCAGGGCUCGAACCCGUGUCCCCAGCAUUGGC